AUGGAGGCGAAUCUAUGUUUUCUCAAUGGAGGAUGUUAUGGCGGCGGAGGGAUUAAGUUUAAUCAAGUUAAUGUACGAUUCUACCGUAUGCCUUCUCGCCGUUUGCUUCCUGCUUCUUGUAAGAUGCGUCAGCGUAAUUUCAGCCUACAAAAUAAGAGGCAGCAGGCAAAGAAAAACAACCGUGAUCAUCCAGAAAAUACAAAUAUUCAGGUAAAUGGCGAUAAAGGCUCUGAUCCAGGCAUCUUCUCCAAAGACAGCAUUUCAGGUUCAAUUGAAGAGCUUGAACCCAUUUCUGAUGAUAGUAUCCCUAUUACGAGAGAAGCUGAACAUUUAAAUGAAGAUGAUACAAGGAAUUCUUCAGCACCAAAUGUAGUCGACUCUGUGGCAGAAGCUAAAAUUUCGUCAAAGAUUAUGGGUUCGUCCACCAAUAUACUGGGGAAAUUGGAAGGCGGGGAGCAACUUUCAGGCAUUCAUCUUCAAGAUUUGAUUGGGAUGAUAAGAAAUGCAGAAAAAAAUAUUCAUCUGCUCAACCAUGCUCGCAUCCGUGCACUCGACGAUCUUGAAAAGAUUCUUUGUGAUAAAGAGGCUUUACAGGGAGAAAUCAAUAUUUUGGAGACGAAACUGGCUGAAACUGAUGCACGGCUGAGAGUAGCUGCUCAAGAAAAGAUACACGUAGAACUCCUUGAAGAUCAAUUAGAAAAGCUGCGAAAUGAAUUGUCUAGCAGGAAUAGCAGCGACAGGCUCUUGUACAACAUGAAUGAUUCAUUUCCCUUUUCCCAAAAUAAUGAUGCGAAUUAUUAUAGUGAAGAACUAGAUGAAUGGAGAAUGGAGAAUAUCUCACUCAAGAAUGAGCUGCAAGCACUAAAGACAGAGCUUAGUAAUUUCAAGGAAACAGAUGAACGUGUUCAAAUAUUGGAGAAAGAAAGAUUAUCUUUGGAAUCAUCUCUAAAAGAAUUGGAGUUUAAACUUUCUGCUUCUCAGGAAGAUGUUUCAAACAUUUCUUCACUAAAAGCAGAGUGCAACAGUCUGUAUGAGAAGGUAGAGCAUUUGCAGCAGUUGUUAGAAAACGCAACCAAACAGGCUGAUCAAGCUAUUUUAGCACUACAGCAAAACCAGGAGCUCCGUAAAAAGGUUGACCGUCUCGAAGAAUCCCUUGAAGAGGCUAAUGUCUAUAAGCUCUCAUCAGAGAAAAUGCAACAAUAUAAUGAACUAAUGCAACACAAAAUACAAAUUCUCGAUGAGCGUCUUCAAAGGUCUGAUGAAGAAAUAGAUUCUUAUGUUCAAUUGUACCAAAAUUCUAUGAAGGAAUUUCAAGAUACACUUACUAAUUUGAAAAAAGAAAGCACGAAAAGAUCACGUGAUGACACUGUAAAUGAAAUGCCUUCGGAAUUUUGGAGUCGAUUAUUGCUAAUGAUUGAUGGAUGGUUCCUUGAGAAGAAGGUUUCAGCGGAAGAUGCAAUUCUGUUGAGAGAUAUGAUUUGGAAAAGAGAUGGAAGUAUUCGCGAUGCGUACAUGUCAAGUAAGGAAAAGACUGAGCGUGAAACCAUUGCCACAUUUCUCAGAUUAACAUUAUCGACGUCACGUCCAAGAUUACAUGUCAUUCAUAUUGCAGCUGAGAUGGCACCCGUUGCUAAGGUUGGUGGUUUAGGUGAUGUUGUGACUGGUCUAAGUAAAGCACUGCAGAAGAAAGGUCACCUUGUGGAAAUUGUGCUGCCAAAAUAUGACUGCAUGCGUUAUGAGCUUGUUCGAGACUUAAAGGCCUUAGAUGUGCCAGUGGAGUCGUACUUCGAUGGACGAUUAUACAAAAAUAAAAUCUGGACAGGCACUGUUGAAGGCCUUCCUGUUUAUUUUAUCGAGCCUCAACAUCCGGGUAAUUUCUUCUGGAGAGGUCAAUUUUAUGGAGAGAACGAUGAUUUUAAGCGAUUCUCAUUCUUCAGCAGGGCUGCUCUUGAGCUACUUCUACAAGUUGGCAAGAAACCAGAUAUUAUUCAUUGUCAUGAUUGGCAGACAGCGUUUGUUGCACCGCUUUAUUGGGAUCUAUAUGUGCCAAAAGGACUGAAUUCAGCUAGAAUUUGUUUUACAUGCCAUAAUUUUGAAUAUCAAGGAACUGCACCAGCUACAGAAUUAGCAUCAUGUGGUCUUAACGUUUAUCACCUAAACAGACCAGAUAGGAUGCAGGACAACUCAGCACAGGAUAGGAUAAAUUCUAUUAAGGGUGCAAUUGUAUUUUCCAAUAUUGUGACAACAGUUUCACCAACAUAUGCGCAAGAGGUGCGGAGUGCUGAGGGAGGACGGGGCCUUCAUUCAACACUUCACUCUCAUUCUAAGAAGUUUGUUGGAAUUCUAAAUGGAAUUGAUACUGAAGCAUGGAAUCCAGCUACUGACAAUUUUCUAAAAGUUCAGUAUAAUGCCAAUGAUAUCGAGGGCAAAGCAGAAAAUAAGGAAGAUUUAAGAAGAUGUCUCAGACUUUCUUCUAAUGAUGUCAGGCGGCCAUUGGUUGGUUGCAUAACAAGAUUGGUGCCUCAAAAGGGCGUGCAUCUUAUUAGGCAUGCAAUAUAUCGGACAUUGGAAUUGGGUGGACAGUUCGUUCUUCUUGGUUCCAGUCCAGUGCCACACAUUCAGAGAGAAUUCGAGGAUAUUGCAAACCAUUUUCAGAGUCACGAACAUGUUCGGCUGAUAUUGAAGUAUGACGAGUCGCUUUCCCACUUAAUUUAUGCAGCCACUGACAUGCUUAUUAUUCCAUCUAUCUUUGAGCCUUGUGGCCUUACGCAGAUGAUCGCAAUGAGAUAUGGUUCGAUCCCGAUAGCUAGAAAAACCGGUGGUCUCAAUGAUAGUGUUUUUGAUGUAGAUGAUGAUACCAUACCUGUUCAGUACAGAAAUGGAUUUACAUUUUUGACAGCUGAUGAGCAGGGAUUUAAUAAUGCUUUAGAGCGUGCUUUCAACUUCUACAAGAAUAACAUUGACGGUUGGAAACAGCUUGUCCAAAAGGACAUGGGCAUAGAUUUUAGCUGGGAAUCAUCAGCAUCGUUGUAUGAAGAACUUUAUGCCAAGUCUGUUGCCCGAUCUAGGGCUGCAAAUCGUGCUUGA